AUCCACCUAAGGGGUUGACUUGUGGAACUCUUAGAGAGCAUCAAGGGGCAAGCAUUGCCCUUGAGAUGCAAAAACCGUAAGAGUUGACCUCAGUUGCUCUUAAACUCUAAUCAUCCACCAAAAUCUUGAACUAUAUCAGCGUUGAAGUUCAUCAAAAAGUGUCUUCUCUCAUUCCUCCCAAGUUAUUAACAGAAAAGGUAAAAAAAUGGAUCCGAAGUCGAGUGCUUUUUUGAUUGGAAUAGUUGGUGCAGCAGUGACCUUGUCUGCUUAUUCUCAGACUCUCGUCUCUCCAACUCAGUGCAUCGGAGUCGGCCUCUUUGUUCUCAUGUUUGGAUUGCUGGUCAGGGAAGGUCUCAUAUCUCUUUAGCUAACUCCAUCUAUCAGUCUUAAUUUCUUCUUUCGUUUCCCAUUACGGUUUUGUAAUUGAUAUGGUUCAUACAACUUUUUCUUGGAGAUUUGUAUGAUCUAGAGUUUGUUUCAUAGUAGUUAUUUGGAUUGGGCUUUUGUUAUAUGUAAUAUGUACGUUUCUUUUUUCUA